AUGAAGGGAGUCAACACAGCCAUCGGAGGCGUCAUUGUGACACUCAUUGGUCUGACACAGGCCAACUCCGAUAUUGUUCCCCUCUUUACCAAUGGCGCAGCGUACAUCCAAGAGGCUAGCGCAACUCUCGUUCUUCCCAAGCUUCCUAGCACUGUCUCGGGAGAUGUUGCCAUUUGGAGUGCCAUCAUGAUGGAAAAUGAGGCAUCGUUCCUGCAAGGAGUAACGUCCAAUUCUCCUAGUGGGUCAUACUGUAACGACGGAGGAAAGAGUUGGUGCAACUUCGCCUACACUCUGGUUGACAAGCUGAACUCGGCGACGAGCCUCUGGGACCAAGAUGUCUACAUAGACAACAAGCUUGCCUCCUCUGUCUCGACCAGCAAAGGACAGAAAGGAAAUAUCUUUUACAUCUCUAUUGAGUGCGCCUCCGGCGGCUGCGCUGAGCACCCCGCCCACAGCUGGAAGGACGUCUCCAUUGUGCUUAGCCAGGCUGACCAAAGCUUCGGGCACACCGGAGGCUGGGAACAUGGUGCUACUGGCGGCGACAUGUCAACACCCGAUGGCGGUAAGACUCGGAACUUCAGCACUCUUAACAUUCCGGCACAGAAGGCCGAGUAA